AAGCACGUUAGUACUGAAUGAGCUCCAGUGUUUGGCUUUGGUUUGACAAGUUUCCCUGCAUGAUCAUGGGGGUAGGAGUGAGCAGUUAGUUGACACACAAUAAAAAAAGUUACAGCUCACGUUGUUUCAGGUAGACUCUGGAUCAGACGUUUUGGCAAAUGUAGGGAAGUGUUUCUCCUCUGAGCGAUUCUACAGCCAGUCAAGUCUACAUUGGAGCCACACACAAGAGUAAAGAUGAACAGCAUGUCUUUUGACGAUCCUUCGUUGGAUAACUUGGAUCCAACUCUAUCGCUUCAUGACCCGAAUGAUAUUGACACGGCUCUCCUAAGCGACAUUGAUGACAUGCUACAGCUCAUCAACAACCAGGACAUGGAGUUUGGAGGACUGUUUGAUAACCCCCCAUACACAGUGCCCCCUCCCACCCAAGAGCUUCCUGGAUUGACCCAGUCUAUCAUCUUACCUUCCCCUCCAACCACCACCACCACUUCUGUACCUCCACCUCCCUCCAUCCUAAGCAGUAGCCCCCACCUGGAUGCACUCCUGGGCCCUCCCAUCACCCGCAGCUCCUCCACCCCAGACAAGGCCUUCCAGCCUCCCACCUUUCAGCUGUCCCCCCUGGCCAAGGUGCCCAACUCCACACAAAGGCUUCAGCCGGCCUCCCCCCCACAGGCCCAGGCCCUCAGACAGCCCCAGGUGGAGCAGCCCCAACCCAUUCUCAGCCCGUCGGCCCCAGCAAAGGCAGCUUCACCUCAUGGAUCACCAGCACCAAACCCAGCUUUCACCUCCACGCCCCAGGCCAUCUUCACUGCGCCAGCCCCCACAUCUCCACCUCUGCCCCAGCCCCAGCCCCUGCCUCAGCUUCAGUCUCAGCCCCAGCAGCAGGCACUUCAUAUCCAGCCUCAGUCCCAACAGAUCCUGAUCAACUACAGCACCGUGAACAGCUACACAACUGCCAGUCCCAGCAGUGUGAGCCAACCCACCACCAUCCUGUCAUCCUCGCCUCCAAGUGUUCAGUCAAUGACCAUCCAGGCUCAGCUCCAAGGGCUGACCACCACGUCUCCCCUCAUGGCCACGUCAGUGAGCCCGCCGCUGCAAACAAUCGCACCCAACGUACAGCAAGUGCAGCAAGUACAGCAAGUGCAGCAAGUACAGCAAGUGCAGCAAGUACAGCAAGUGCAGCAAGUACAGCAAGUGCAGCAAGUACAGCAAAUGCAGCAAGUGCAGCAAGUACAGCAAAUGCAGCAAAUGCAGCAAGUACCUGUGUUGCUGCAGCCGCAGUUCAUCAAGGCGGAGUCUCUGCUGCUGACCACUAUGGCGUCCUCCACCUCCCUGUCCAGCACCACCCCAGUACAGAGCACUUCACUGCAGCGGUCUUUGCCCUUCCAGGCCUUUAUGGGCGGUGGCACCAUCCUGACCACGGUGCCAGUCAUGAUGGACACUGAUAAGAUGCCCAUUAACCGCAUCGCAAUCAGCGGCAAGCCGUUUGGCGUGCCACACAAGGGAGAGAAGCGCACAGCCCACAAUGCAAUUGAGAAGCGUUACCGCUCCUCUAUUAAUGACAAAAUUCUCGAGCUCAAAGAUCUGGUGGCUGGUUCCGAGGCCAAGCUCAACAAGUCUGCAGUGCUGAGGAAAACCCUCGACUACAUCCAUUUCCUGCAGUCGACCAAUCAGAAGCUCAAACAGGAGAACAUGGCGUUUAAAAUGGCAGCCCAGAAAAACAAGUCUCUCAAGGACCUGGUUACCAUGGAGGUCGAUGCACCAGCUGAUGUGAAGAAUGAGCUGCCCACCCCACCUGCUUCUGACGUGGGCUCCCCCACCUCUUUCUCUCACUGUAGCAGUGACUCAGAGCCCGACAGUCCGAUGGUGGAGGACACUAAGCAGCCUACUGUGGGCAUCGUGGACAAAUCCGCAGCAGGAGGCAGCGCUGGUGGCAUGUUGGACCGUUCCCGCAUGGCGUUGUGCACCUUCACCUUCCUCUUCCUCUCUCUCAACCCUCUGGCUGCCCUGCUCUGCGCAUCCGGCAGCAGCUCAGCUGGAAGCUCAGCAGCCACACCUCACACAGGAAGGAGCGUCCUGGGUGUGGAUAUCGCAGCGGAGUCGUGGGGCUGGAUGGACUGGAUGCUGCCAACCUUACUGGUGUGGCUGGUGAACGGUGUUCUGGUGUCGGGGGUUCUGGUCCGACUGCUGGUGUAUGGAGAGCCUGUAACCAGACCACACUCUGGAUCCUCUGUGUUGUUCUGGAGGCACCGCAAGCAGGCUGACCUGGACCUGGCUAGAGGAGAUUUCGCCCAGGCCAGUCAGAACCUGUGGACGUGUCUAAAGGCCCUUGGUCGUCCCUUACCCAUCUCCCAGUUGGACCUGGCCUGUUCUGCGCUCUGGUCCCUGCUAAGGUUCUGCCUCCAGCGCCUCUGGGUGGGCCGCUGGUUGGCUGCCAGGGCAGGAGGGCUGCGGUCUGACCGCCCCCUGAAGGAGGACGCCUGCAAAAGCAGCCGGGACGCCGCCCUGGUUUACCACCGCCUGCAUCAGCUUCACAUGACAGGUAAGCUGAAUGGCAGCCACCUGUCAGCAGUGCACAUGGCUCUGAGUGCAGUGAACCUGGCAGAGUGUGCUGGCUCCUGUCUGCCUGUAGCCAGUCUGGCUGAGGUCUACGUGUCCGCAGCUCUACGGGUCAAAGCCAGCAUGCCAAGGAUCCUGCAUUUUACUUCUCGUGUUUUCCUGAGCAGCGCCCGCCAGGCGUGCCUGUCGUCCAGCGGCAGCGUUCCUCCAGCUAUGCAGUGGCUGUGUCACCCUCUAGGUCAUCGCUUCUUUGUGGAUGGGGAUUGGGCUAUUCGCAGCACUCCUAAAGAAAGCAUCUACAGCCAGGCAGGCAAUACUGUGGAUCCUCUGGCCCAGGUGACUCAGGCUUUCAGGGAACACCUCCUGGAGAAAGCUCUGUACUGUGUGGCUCAGCCUCAAGGAGAGAAGAGCCCCGACCAGGGAGAAGGGGAGUAUGCUGAUGCCCUGGAGUAUCUCCAGUUGUUGAUAAGUGCAUCAGAUGCUGCUGGAGCCACCUCCCAGUCCUUUGCCAUCGGCUCCAACAUGGCCACUGUGACCGGCUGCGACCCCCACUCCAAGUGGUGGUCCUCGGUUACCGUGGUGAUUAUCAAUUGGCUCCAAGGAGAUGACGCCGCAGCAGAGAGACUGUACCCAACUGUUGAGCACCUGCCGCGCAGCCUGCAGAACGCAGAGAGUCUUCUGCCCAAGGCGUGUCUGAACACAUUCAGGGCGGUGCGGGCUCUGCUGUCCAAACCUGAAAACUGCCAGCUGAGUCUGAGCUACAGCGACAAGGCCAGCGCUCUGCUUCGAGACAGCCUCAACCUCGGACCCCACUGCCACAGCUCCAGUUUAGACAAGGUUGUCCAGUUGCUCUUGUGUGAUCUCCUGUUGGUGAUGAGGACCAACGUGUGGCGCCUGCAGCAGCAGGGGGCCGGUCCUGCGGGGUCAGGGUUGGUGGGCACCAGCGGCCCUGCGGGGGUCCACCAGGCCUCCCCACCGGAGCUCCAAGGCUUUCAGCAAGAUCUCAGCUCCCUACGCAAACUGGCACACAGCUUCAGGCCUGCCAUGCGGAGAUUGUUCCUUCAUGAAGCUACAGCCAGGCUGAUGGCGGGGGCCAGUCCCACCCGCACACAUCAGCUCCUGGAUCGCUCGCUGCGACGCAGGGCAACGCCCGGAGCCAAAACAGAGGAGUGCGAGACGCGGCCGGGCCAGCGGGAGCAGGCGGAGGCUGUGAUGCUGGCGUGCCGCUACCUUCCCCCCUCCUUCCUGUCGGCCCCCGGCCAACGGGUGGGCAUGCUGGCAGACGCUGCCCGCACCCUGGAGAAGCUGGGAGACAAGAGGACCCUCCACGACUGCCAGCAAAUGAUCAUCAAGCUGGGCAGCGGCACUACUGUCACCAACAGCUAGAGAGCAGAAAGGUUGGGGAGGGGCUGAGAGACAUGUAUGGACACUGUAUAUAGAAACAUCUCUGAGAUACAAAAACACACAGACAAAAAAGAAAAUAUCAGCAGAGACACAGCCACACAUUCUCUGGCAUCUCUGGCGUGCAGCUAUUGAACAGAUUGACUAAACUAUCCAGAUUCAUAUCAAACUGACAGAUUUUUCUCAUGGACUGUCCCUGCCAACACCUAAUCCCCACAUCAGGACGCACUGUGUGUGUAGAGGUAACACUCUUGUUGCUAUGGAUUAUUACCAGAAUAAAAGAAAUUUUUUUCGGUUGCAGUGCCACAGUUUGACCACAAUGAGGAGCCGUCACGUCCUCUAAGUAGACAGUUCAGUGUGAGUGAGUGUGUGAGUGUGUGUGUAUGUGUGUGUGUAUGUGUGUGUGAGAGUGAAGCAUGAAAGAGAUAUUUGCCCUGCACUUAUUCAGUCCCACCCCGAUCUUUUCGACAUAAAUGCACCUUAAGCAGGACUGCUCAGUGGGUUGGAGUGGCGGGCUGCUCUGAUUGGCCGCAGAGUGAGGCGUCGCUUGUUCGUUGAGGAAAAGGACUUGAUUGGCUCAUUCAGUGGGAAGCCACUCCGCCGGUUCACAAAGUGUUAAAGUUUAUUUGAAUCAAGUUUGACUUGAAGCCAGGAGAGGUGACCCACUGGACGCUCCAUGUGUCAAUCUGCACUAGCCCUGCGAGAUAAAUAGAAAUGUGGCUUUAUGGAGUUAUUUUCAUAUAGAUCAUUAUUUGUUUUGCCGUGUACAUAUUUCAAAAUGUAUUUAUAAUCUGUAAGAAGUAUUUUGCAAAGCAGAUUGAUAAUGCUUAUUUUCUUCCUCUAAACUGAGUUUAUUUGGUAGCUUUUCUCCAGGCCCAUAUAAUAGAGUUACUGUAAUGUGUUGCCAUGGCAAUGGGUGUCAAAAUCAAGUGCAAGUUAUUUGCAUCACAUCGUCUGACUCAAUUGACCUUUUGCACUGUUGCACACGUAUGCAGCUACGAUUUUUCUUUUCUUCAUAUUGGUAGCGCCCAACUCUGGCAUCACAAAGAUUAAACACUAUAAAGUGAACCUAUUGCACUUUUGCAACAAGUUACACAAUGAAGAACAUUUCAAAUGAUUCGUUUUUUAUCCAAAGAGGGCCUGUAGUGAAACUGGUUUUCCUUUUUAGCUCCAACGCGAAGAGCCACACUUGCUCUUUCAGUCAUUAUAGUUAAAUGUUCCUAAAGAACCACACAUUGUUGUUGAUUUUUAAAGGACUGUAAGAAAAUCGUUGGCAUGUGUUUUUGUUUCAGAACGAGCAUGUUUUUUAAAGUGUCACUAAUGUGAAGGACUGAAAGAUGAUGGAUUGAGAUGAAUGAGACAUAGCAAUGUCUAAAGGUGUUAUUCAUGUGUUCUUUAACUUUGAUAUAUUUCCAUCUCUUCCUUGUUCUUCGGUUUCAUCUCUUUAUAAUGUAAAUAUUAAAGCAUUUUGUAAGGAAGGAUUGACAGUUUCCUGUGGUGCUUUCCAUUUGAAUGGGGGUAAUUGUAAUACACAUAAUUAAAUGUCUCCCUUUUCCAAACUCGAAAUGAUGCACUUCUUGUGGUUGAAUGAAAAAGGCAAGAACAAGUUUUGACCAAAGAAAAUCUGUGAUUAUUCUGAACUGAAUCUCCUUUGGCGUUUUGUAAGCAAAUGUCAAAGGUUAAUUGAUAUCGGUAAUAGUUACCCGUAAUCAUUUGCUUGUGAUUGCUUGAUAUGUGUAUAACCAGAUUGGAAGUGUUGUCAUCAUUUUGAUAAUGAACACUGUUCUGACUCA